AUCUCAGAGAAAGAUAGUGUUCAGAAGCUUGCCGAACAAUCUGGCAAGAGAAUCCGCGAUGGACGUAAACGGAGUCCAUUGGAUGGCAUACCAAUUGCCAUUAAAGACAACUUUUGUACAAGCGAAUUAAAAACUACGUGUGCAUCGACAAUGUUAAAAGACUUCCAACCCCCAUUUAAUGCAACAGUAGUCGAAUUGCUAAUCAAUGCGGGAGCGAUAAUACUUGGAAAAACAAAUAUGGAUGAGUUCGGAAUGGGAUCUGAAACAAUACAUAGCCAUUUUGGCGAAACACGUAAUCCAUAUAACACCCAAGACCUUAAAAAUGGAGCUCGUAUUGCUGGCGGAAGUUCGGGCGGCUCAGCUGCCUCCGUUGCUAGUGGAAUGUGUUUUGCUGCAUUAGGAUCGGACACGGGUGGAUCCGUGAGGCUUCCGGCAUCGUAUUGUGGUGUUGUUGGAUUUAAGCCUUCAUAUGGACGAUGCUCGCGAUGGGGAUUGGUCGCAUACGCAAAUUCUUUGGAUACUGUCGGAAUUUUAGCAAGAACGGUUGAAGAUACCAGGCUUUUGUACAAUGUGUUGUUCACAUAUGAUGAAAAAGACACGACUUCCAUUCCAUCAGAAAUAUUUCAACAGGAUUCGCAUGUACCGAUUUGCACAGAUAGUUUGAAUAAUAUCCGUGUUGGCGUUCCAGAGAGAAUUUCAGUCUUUUAUUGUUUUAAUGGAGUUGUAAAACUGACUGGCAAGUUGCUUAUGGUUGUCAUUAACGGGUAUUUCAACCGUAGCUUUGACGAACCUGUCUCUUACUUUGUGUCCGAGCUCGACACAACUAUUGUUACUUUAUGGAAAAAAGCAAUCGACUACCUGAACCACCGAGGCGCGACAAUUAUCCCAGUAUCUUGUCCGUCCACUCAGUAUGCGCUUCCAGCGUACUAUAUUUUGGCUCCCGCUGAAGCAUCAUCAAAUCUGGCUCGUUAUGAUGGAAUAAGAUAUGGAAGUAGAUGUGAUAAUGUAACAGAAACUGAUGAAACAUUGUAUGCUGCCACGAGAGAUGAAGGUUUUGGUGAAGAAGUAAAAAGGAGGAUAAUUCUGGGCACUUAUACGUUGACUGAAGGCUCCUAUUCGGAUUGCUUUCUGCAAGCUCAGAAAGUUCGUCAACUUAUCAAAAAAGACUUUGAUGCUAUUUUCGCUAAAGCCAAUCCAUUGAAUGGAUUACAACACACGGAUAAGGCACCUGAUGGUGUUGAUGUGUUGAUUACGCCAGUUACCAUAUCGACUGCACCAAAAAUUACUGAAGUUACCAAUGUAGAGAGAAGGAAUGCUGUAGAGGCAUAUGUUAAUGAUGUUAUGACAAUUCCAGCCAGCUUAGCAGGUAUUCCUGCAAUAAGUAUCCCGUUUGGGAUUUCACCCAAAGAUGGAUACCCUAUUGGGUUACAAUUGCUAGCACAGUAUGGAGAUGAGCAAAGGCUUUUGCAUGUUGCUUCUGUCCUCGAGGAAGGGAGUGAUAUAAAUACGUGA